AUGGUUGAAGCCAAUAAAAAAGGAAAUGAGGAGGACGAGUGUGAUGUCGAACCUAAAUGGAAAUGUCCUCCAGCAAAGAAUGUGACACACCCACUGCGUUACUAUGAGUUUACGCCAGAGGAAAUGAAAGCGCUUGAAGAAUGCGACAGAGAGAGUUUCUACCAGCGCUGUUUGCCCUUUAGCACAGUUUUUGCUGCCCUCACUUACGCUGGCGUAAAAAAUGGUUGCCUAAGAAGAAGUCCACAUUUCGGUGCAAUACCCAAGGUUACAUUAGCCGCCCUCGUCGGUUAUUUCUUUGGACGUUUAUCGUAUCUCCCAGAGUGUGAUUUGAAACUUCGUCAACUACCGCUUAAUAGUCAUCUUGGAAAUACUAUGCGACAGUAUUAUUUAGAAAAUAAUCCGCCUAAAGAUCCAAAAAAAUCUAGAUGA